AUGGAUAAACCGUCAACCAGUCAGCAAUCUGUUGAAAAGGUGGAAAUGUUCGAAGUACGCGAGCAUGUUCCUUAUCAAGCAGAGGUGACGAGGGCCCCAGCUGCUUACGACCAGGAGAGUGGAGAAACCCAUUACACCUCGUCCUGGUACUCCGCGUGGUCCUCUAUCUGUCAGCUAAUUAAUUUAGUCCAUCACAUGCAAAUAGCUAUUGUGGUGUUCUGCUUGUGGCAUUUCGCGUUAACCUCACAGCCUGACGGAUCUAUAACUAAUUUACAACUGCACAUCGUAUUUGCUGGAACAGGUUACCAACUAUUUCUCGUAGAGUCUGUAUUGACGCUAAACAGACAUAACUCAUGGUCUUUCCAAUUAUCGAAAGAUAGCAAGAGAAUAAUUCACGGAUGCCUUCAAUUAAUUGGAUCUGUUUUUGUCCUCGCUGGCACUUUUCUGGCACUGGCAGAGGUGAAGAUGCAGAUCAACACAGCCCACGGCAUAUGCGGUGUCAUCGCCUUAACCUUUACCCUUAUAAGUUUCGUCUCCGGUAUCAUAGCAUUAUUCUCCUCAAAAGUUCGUUUAAUGAUCAAGAGUGGGCCUAUUAAAAUCCUUCAUAUCGCUGUUGGUAUGUUUGCUAUAUCCAUGGGCCUUAUAACUAUGGUAAUGGGCUUAAACAUGGAUUACUAUAGCGCAACUCAAGGUGGUUUAUCGACUGCAUUAAUAAUACUUGUAGUUAUUAUUCUAUUUUACGUCCUCAUCCAGCCAAUUGUGGACUUAAUUUCGACCACCAGGAAUACGAUGUGA